ACACUUUUUUCUACCAAACGGCUUCAUUUGAUCCCCAGAAACUUACUUUAGUACAAUGUUUGUCUGCGUUUUUCUCUUGGCUGUUCUGCAUGUCCACCAUGUGUCCAGCUGUGAGACUCCAGAACAUGUGUCCAUCAGCUUUGUCCAUCACACUGGGCCGAUGGUUGAGGGUCAUCAGUACCAGCUGCAGUGUACCGUGGAGAACGUAGCUCCUGCUAAACACCUUGUUGUGACUUUCUACAGAGGAGAGACAGUCCUGGAUCAACCUCAGUCUAAAAGUAGUGAACCCUAUAAACCAGUGACUGAAACCUUCACUCUGAACAUCAACGUUAGUAAAGAAGAUAAUGGAGCUCAGUUCUGGUGUGAAGCCAAACUAGAACUGGGACCUGAAGGACCACAACCCCCUCCAGUGGUGAAAUCAGAAAACAUCACUGCUACAGUCAACUAUACGGAGCCAACCACAACCACGGCCACGACCACAGCAACUUCAGAACCAACGACGAUGACAAUGACAACGACUCCGAUGACAUCUGCGACAACAACCGCAGCAACUACAGCAACGGCUACGAAGGCAGCUACGACAACAACCAGAACAACUACAACAACCGCAAAGACAACCACUGGACCUACCAACAGCAACAGCAGCCUAACAUCAGCUUACAGAUCCAUACUCCACACUCUCUGGGACAAUGGAGUCCCCAGUGUUCCUCCUAGGGCUGCCAACAAGGAUUACAACUGUACAGAUAAACCUGUGUUCACUCCAUCCAGUCUGGUAGUGAAGUAUGGAGACCCGACCUCUGCUACAUGUGUUGCUUGUAAUAACUCCUGCCAGCACCCUGGUUUGGUAAAUCCUCAGGGAAAGAAAACAAAAAAUGGAACUACGUUGGUGUGGACCGUUGACAGAAUAACUGAAUGGGACUCAACCAUCUCAUGUUUUUACAACACUGCUGAUAAACAGUGUUGUACUGACCUGAAUGUAACUGUCUACCAGCCUCCAGAACAUGUGUCCAUCAGCUUUGUCCAUCACACUGGGCCGAUGGUUGAGGGUCAUCAGUACCAGCUGCAGUGUACCGUGGAGAACGUAGCUCCUGUUAAACACCUUGUUGUGACCUUCUACAGAGGAGAGACAGUCCUGGAUCAACUUCAGAAUAAAAGUAGUGAACCCUAUAAACCAGUGACUGAAACCUUCACUCUGAACAUCAACGCUAGUGAAGAAGAUAAUGGAGCUCAGUUCUGGUGUGAAGCCAAACUAGAACUGGGACCUGAAGGACCACAACCCCCUCCAGUGGUAACAUCAGAAAUCAUCACGGCUACAGUCAACUAUACGGAGCCAACCUCAGCAGCAACGACUAUGACGACAUCUACCAACAGCCUAACAUCACUUUACAGAUCCACAGUGUGUUUUAUGCUUCUGUUCUCUGCUCUUGUUUAACAAUAUGACUGCACAGUUCAUUUUCUGCUUCAGCUCAAUGAUGUCAAUCUAAUUAGUCUCCUAAGCUCACCUGGAAACCUCAAGUUAUGAAUAAUGUAAAUCCUCUGUAAUACCGAUAUUUACUGUAUCCACUAGAUGGCAUUAGCUUGUUGUGGACGUAGCUUUCAUGUUUGUGCAUAUGCUGAAUAUUUUGUAAUAAGCAAUGAGUUAGAGUGUCUUUAUUUUCUAGAUAACAGCAAUCUAUCUGUCUGGUGAUGUCAACUGUAUAGUGUUGACUGUUUUUCAUGUAACAUCUUAGCAUGCUAAUAUGUGUGUCAGAUAUUGGACAAACACAUGCCAUCUGUGCAGGUUUUACUAAACUGGUAGUUACAUAUACAUGAAGGAAACAAUAAUAAAAAUAUACUGGGAAGUCAA